AUGGCGGUGGUGAUUCUUCUUUUAGAUGGGUCGGGCCUUCGGGGGUUCAAGGCUCCAGCUUUUGCAAAAACCCUUGAAAGGUCUGAGAGACUGAGACGCCGUAGAAGCAUAGAGAAGACACCCACGAUGUGGUUCGGUAGUCUUCGCGGCGGCGGCGGUGGUUAUGGAGCUACCGGUAUAGUGAAGAAUGUGUUGGUAAGAUAUUUCUCUCGGGAACGAGCCGUGAAUGUGAGGAAGAUAAAUCCGAAGGUGCCUAUGCAAGAAGCUAACUCCAUUGCCCAAUCCCUCUACGAUGUCAUCAAGCAGCAUGGCCCUCUCACCGUCCCCAACACCUGGAUUCAAGCCAAGGAUUCUGGCAUUAAUGGAUUGCAAAGCAAAACACAUAUGAAGAUAAUGCUUAAAUGGAUGAGGGGGAGGAAGAUGCUGAAGUUGUUUUGCAACCAGGUUGGUAACAGCAAGAAGUUUUUGCACUGUACUCUACCUGAAGACCCUCAAACUGAGCAAUCAAACAGUCAACCAGAAAUUAAACUGCAGACUAGGAAGUCAUCUAGUAAGAAGAAAAAAAGGCUGAGUAAGAAGACUGCUGGUAAGGGGAAAAAGUGAACUGGAUAAGACACAUGCAGUCUCCACUAGACCUCAAGUUCAGAGAAUGUUUCAUGCGAAGAAGCUUGCUCCAUUUUGUUGCUAUGUGGGAUUCACUCUGAUUUAUGACAUGUCUGAAGGCUGAAAACUAUUGUUAGGCCCUUGGUUAGAUAGGCCUUCCUAUUUUGUUUAGAAGAUUGUAGCAUGUUUUCUUGUGUUAGUGGCUUUCCAUAAAUCUAUUACAAGAGACAGGAUCCGUUGCAAAAGCAUUAAUAAUCUUUGCCUUGGCUUUGGUUUUCUUGGAUCGCCCGUGUACUCAAUUUAGAACAUGAAAUGAAUUCCAAGCAUCUGCUGUGAACUCUC